UUAAGGUUAGGCUGAAGGUGGGAAAUGCUUGUUAUUUUUCUGUGACAAAACUACUUAGCUCGCCCAUCUUGUCCCGGAAUUUAAAGACUAGAGUCUAUAAAACCAUUAUCCUACCUACAGUUCUUUAUGGAUGCGAGAUGAGCAACGUCUUAAGGUUUUUGAAAAUAAAGUAUUGCGUAGAAUAUUCGGACCGAAGAAAGAUGAGUAACUGGAGACUUCAGAAGGUUGCACAACGCCGAGUUGCGUGAACUGUAUCCAGUUAAUAUAAUUUAGGUGAUUAUAUUGCGGAGAAUCAAAUGGACUUGUAAAAUAGUUGGGCUUAGUAACGAAAUAAUUCCUAAAAGGUUGAUAUUUGCUGUACCGAAUGGUAAACGUCGGAGAGGUAGACCGAAGCGAAGGUGGGAAGAUUGCGUUAAAACCGAUCUGAAGGGACUGGGUUUGGAUGGCGAACGGUGGAGGGAGGUGUGUAAAAGCGAUUGGUGAUGUCGGGUUCGCUAAGCCUUUUAUUAUUAUUGUUAUUAUAAUUGUCUCUCUAUUUUUUUUCAUCUUUUAAAUUAAUAAUAUGAUAGACAGUGUAGAUUAUAUAAUGUUUGUAACUGAGCAAUUGUUUCAUUUCCCCCUUGGAUACUUACCCGAUCGGUAUUUUCUCUCGAGUACCGUCCAUCGCCAGAGCAAUAGAAUAAGACGUGGGGGUAGCCGUUAAUGGGACUUCGGCUCUAGAAGGAGUGGUCGGACGUGUAUCGUUAACUCUGAGAAACUGCCACGCUGGGUGAUGAAAGCCUGAGCAUGCUGCUGCUAGCGCUGAUGAUCACCGCCGUGGUGGCGGACAAUCCUCUCUGCCAGCCUCUUCUGGGAGCGGCCGAUUCCAUCUGGCGUCGCAACCAGACCCAAGAGCUCCACCUGGAUAUGAUGAUACCAAACUAUGGGCUUAAUAUAAUCCAUCAUCCAUUUAGAUUUACGAUAGUGUUAGAUCUUAACGGCAUUGGUACCGUUGGAACCGGGAGGAAUGGUCAAUGGGACCGUGGAAGAAUAAUGUACCCAGGACACGGAUCCCAUCUUAAAGAGGCCCAAUCCUAUCUUUCACCAAGUCCCACAUAUCUCUCUCCCUGAUAGAAAUGUUUCCUCUUCGUGAUUUACGCGUCUUGGCGUUUCUUUCCGGAUUUGCUACGUUUCAGAUAAAAUUGUCAAUUUCCUUUUUGUAUCCCAGUAAUAUUUUGAUAAAUAGUCGCUAAAAAUAGAUACCUUAUGUGUAACGGAAAAUAUCUCGGUUGGGUCCUAAGUCUAGUAAGAAUUCACCAAAAUUUAUUAUUCCUAUGGCUGCUCUUUACAAUCGUAUAACUUUACAGGCUACGUCAACUUCCAGGUUUUC